AUGAUUGUUGAUAAUGCCUCCUCAAAUGACUCCAUGAUUACCUAUUUGAGAAGAAAGAUUAAGGGGUGGAAAGGAGUUAUUUUAGGUGGAGAAUUUCUGCAUGUUAGGUGUUGUGCCCAUAUAGUGAACUUGAUUAUCAAUGAAUGUUUAAAAGACCUACAUGAUUCCAUAGCUACCAUUCGUAACACUGUGAGGUAUGUGAGGUCUUCUCCGGCUAGGUUGCUAAAAUUCAAGUCAUGUGUGGAGCGAGAGAAAAUUGAAUACAAAGGUCUCGUAUGCUUAGAUGUCCCUACUAGAUGGAACUCCACCUAUAUGAUGUUAGAUGCAGCCAUUAAGUUUCAAAAAGCUUUUGAAAGAUAUGAAGAGGAAGAUGACAAGCUUGUGUCUUAUUUUCGGGAAGAUGAGGAGGGGAAGCGGAAGAUUGGCCCGCCACUUGAUGAUGAUUGGGAGAAUGUUAAGGUGUUUGUGAAAUUUCUAAAGACUUUUUAUGAUAUAACUUUGAAGUUUAGCGCCACUUUGAAUGUCACUUCAAAUUCUUACUUUCAUGAGCUUUGUGAGAUGCAAAACCAACUAUCUGAAUUAAGCAAACAAGAGGAUUCAAUGCUUUCAUCCAUGGUUGUGAUGUAUGAUUCUUGCACUUCUGGAACAUUAGCAAAGAAUGUGAAGGAUACUAUGUACCGGCUACAUGAGGUUUAUAGUGGGGACAAUAGUGAAUCUGUGGCUAAUGAAAGUAGUGGGGAGGCAGCAACAACAAGUACAACGGAGGCAAAAACGGAAGUAGAAGGAAAAGGGUGUUUGUGGAGCUCCUUUGUUAGGAAAAUGAAGGAGAAGAAUGUAAAUGCGUACAAAAAUGAUGUGGACAGAUACCUGACAAACCCUAUGGAGGAUCUAACUCGGUCAAAUUUUGAUGUUUUAGAUUGGUGGAAGAAUAAUGCAACUAAUUACAAGGUUCUCUCACUAGUUGCAAGAGACAUUCUUGCCAUUCCUGUUUCAACGGUAGCCUCAGAAUCUGCUUUUAGUACCAGAGGCCGCAUCCUCGAUUCCUUUAGGAGUUCAUUGAGCCCCAAGAUGGUGGAGGCAUUGAUUUGUACACAAAAUUGGCUGCAUAGUCGUCAGUACAUCAAUCUUAUUGACGUGGAAGACUCUAAUGAAUAUGAAGAUAUUGAGUCAGAUUUGUCAAAUUCUGUUGCAAGUUGCGAGGGGCAAGUUGGGAAUGAAGGUGCUAUUAUUCUGGAUUAA